AUGGCGCGCAAAAAAAUUCGGACCUCUAUAUCAAGAAUUUCACUACCGUUACUUGGACAUGAUGUGUUCACACAAGUUCCACCUGAGAUAUUCAUAAAAAUUUGUAGUUACUUGCACCCGAAAGAUCUGGCUUCACUAAAUGUCGUUUGUCGUCUUUUCAAUAAUUAUCUUUCAUCGACAGAAACAUCAUCCAACGUAAUCUGGAUGGAUUCAAAACAAAACAUGUUGCCGCCUAUUGAUAUUUCUCCACCGGAGGGAAUGGAUGAACGACACUUUUUAAUGAGUAUUUAUGGAAAGUGGUGUCAAAAAUGUUGGAAAAAAGAAAGAAAGACCAAUUCUGUUAAAUGGGAAUUUCCUUUACAGUGUUGCGCACAAUGUCGAAAUUCUAUUGUUAAAAGCUAUGAAGAUUUUACAAACAAUGUUAUCCCUAUUUUACGAGCACUUCCAUCCGCCAUUCAUAUUCCUGAUAAAAGAUUGACGAAAAUCAGAAUUGAACUUCAAUACUGGGCUCCCCAAGUCCAAGGCGUCUAUCGUGAAUAUUCGCGAUUGAAAACCAUAGAAUUGAAAAGAAAGUUCUUACAAUCUCUUAAAGAGCAAAGUCGCAAAAAAGAAAUUGAAAUUGCAAAAUACACAUCAUGGCAAGAAGAAUAUAAGAAAAAAUGCGAAAAUUUUAAAAUUCAGGCAAUUGAAAAUCGCAGGAACGCAAUCAUAAGCCGCGUUUACGAAAUGAUGAAUGAACGUUACGACGACGACGGUAAAGAAUUUAAAUGGCAAUGGAAAACUCUCAACGACUUAAACGCAUAUAAAAAUGCUAUAAAAUCAAAAUCCACUGCACCAUUUACUGAAAAAGCUUGGAAAUUAUUGCGCAGAAAAAUUGAAAGUGCUCAUUACAUUAAUAUGAAGAUGUAA